CGUAAUAAGUAAAACUCAAGUAUUUGCAAGUUAAAGCCUUCCCCUUUCAUCCUUCAUCCAUUCCUUCUACUGUUCCUUGUUUGCAAUUUGCUUUGCACUUUCUUUCUUCUGUUUCAUAUUCAUAUCCUUCAUCUUUGCAACCUUCUUCUCUUGUGUUCAAGAACUCUUCUUGUUCACUGUAAACAUGGCUAUGGUGGCUGAAGCUUUUCUCUCUGCUUCCAUUGAGGUACUGCAUGAUAGGGUUGUUUCUGCCGAUGUUCUGAGGUUUAUCAAAGGAAAGAAACUUGAAGCUAUGCUGCGGGAAAAACUGAAGCCAACCUUGAUGUCGGUGAAAGCUGUGUUGGAUGAUGCUGAAUAUAAGCAGAUUACCAGCCCAAAUGUCAAAAGUUGGAUUGAUGAGCUCAAAGAUGCUGUUUAUGAUGCCGAGGACCUCCUGGACGAGAUCUCUACCGAAGCUCUUCGGAACAAGAUCGAAUCCGAAUAUCAAACCACUGCUAUGAAGCAGGUUAGUAGCAUUUUCUCUUGUUUCAAUCCUUUCAAAGAUGAGAUGCAGUCAAAGCUGGAGGAGAUCCUUGGGAGACUAGAAUAUAUAGUCAGCCAGAAAGAUACCCUGAAAUUGGAAGGAAUUUCUGGAGCAGAAAAGGAGUAUCGGAGAUCACGUGCAACUUCUUCUUUGGUGGACGAGUCUGGUGUUUAUGGCAGAGAUGGUGAAAAAGAAGAUAUAAUGGAGUUGCUGCACCGUCAAAAUCUGUCCGCUGAUGAUAAGGUAGAUGUGAUUCCCAUUGUGGGUAUGGGCGGGCUUGGCAAAACCACGCUCGCACGAUUGAUCUAUAAUGACCAGAAAGUGGCCGAAUGGUUUGAGCCCAAAGCAUGGGUGUGUGUUUCGGAAGAAUCCGAUCCUUUCAAAGUAACUAAAGCCAUCCUCCAAGAGCUCCCUGGUGGUUAUGAUGAUAGUCAGAGCUUAAAUCAGCUUCAACUUCAACUCAGUCACAAAUUGUCGGGAAAGAAAUUUCUAUUGGUUUUAGACGAUGUUUGGAACUUAAGGUCUGCUGAUUGGGAUGAGCUCAGAAUUCCUUUCAGUUUUGGGGCACAAAACAGCAAGAUUAUUGUAACAACACGUCAUGAAAGUGUUGCCUCCAUUAUGAAGACUGUUCCAAGUUAUCCUCUACAGACCUUAUCAAAUGAUGACUGUUGGGAGCUAUUUGCAAAGCAUGCAUUCGUUGGUACAAUCCCAAGCAUGCAUCCAGAUCUGAUGGCAAUCGGUAAAGCAAUUGUCAAAAGAUGUGACAGCCUCCCUCUGGCUGCAAAAACUCUAGGAGGUCUUCUGCGUUGUAAUCUAGACGCUGCUAAAUGGAACAAAAUAUUACAUAGCAAUUUUUGGGACCUACCAAAUGAUAUUCUUCCCGCAUUGAAAUUGAGUUAUUAUUAUCUUCCUUCACAUUUAAAGCGAUGUUUUGUUUAUUGUUCAAUUUUCCCUAAAGAUUACGAAUUUGAGAAGGAAGAACUAAUUCAGUUAUGGAUGGCUGAAGGUCUUUUAGAGCUUCCAAAUGACCAUGGUGAUGUGGAAGAACGAGGUGAUGACUAUUUUGAAGAUAUAAGAUUGAGGUCAUUUUUUCAGCAAUCGAAUGGAAAGAAAUCUAGUUUUGUCAUGCAUGAUCUAAUCAGUGAUUUGGCUAAAUCUAUCGCUGGAGGGUUUAUUUGCAGAUUGGAAGGUAAUGGUGAUUCUUGUGAAAUAAUCGAAAGGACUCGUCAUUUGUCCAAUGUCCAAGAAUUUUAUGAUGUGCGACAAAAAUUUCAGAACUUACCUGAAGCAAAACGUCUGCGUGCUUUCCUAAAUGUGAGUUCUUACUAUUGCUUUGUUAGCAAUGUGCUAAUGCAUGAUUUGUUGAUGAAAUCAAGCUUACGAGUGCUUUCUUUGGCUGGGUAUGUCAAUAUCAAAGAAUUGCCAAAAGAAAUUAGUAACUUGAAGCAUCUACGAAAUUUGAAUCUCUCAAAAACUUCAAUCACAAGGUUGCCAAAUUCUCUGUGUACAUUGUAUAAUUUGCAAGCAUUGACAUUCAAUGGAUGCAGUGGCCUUGUUGAGUUGCCGAGAGACAUGGGGAGAUUGAUCAACAUGCUUUAUCUUGAUAUUAGGGGAGCAAAGUUAACUGGGAUGCCAGAAGGGAUGGGUAAGUUGAAAGAUAUUCGAAUCUUAACAGAUUUUGUUAUAGGUGAUCAAACUGGUUCAAGCAUUAAUGAGUUGGGAAAGCUCAAGCAUUUACGGGGAAGACUUGCCAUUUCAAGACUGAAAAAUGUUGUAUAUGCCAGGGAUGCCAAAGAUGCCAAUUUGAAGGAUAAGGUUAAUGUUAAGGAGUUGAAGUUGACAUGGGGUGAAUAUGAUGAUAUUGAUGGUGACUCAAAGCAUGAUAGAGAAGUAUUGGAACAAUUGGAGCCUAAUACAAACUUGAAGCAUCUAGUUAUUGAAAGUUACAAAGGCACGAGAUUUCCAGAAUGGGUGGGGCAUUUUUUCUUCUCAAAUAUGGUAUCUUUGGAGUUGCAAGAUUGUAAAUUUUGCAUAUCUUUGCCUCCGCUUGGCCAAUUAUCAUCUUUGAAAUCUCUCUCCAUUUCUGGGUUCAGCGAAGUUGUAAUGGUUGGUGAGGAGUUCUACAGUAAUGGACAAGAUUCGACUAAACCAUUUGGAUCUCUUGAAAUCCUAGUGUUUAAGGAAAUGGCUGGGUGGGAAGAAUGGUUGUGUAGGAAUGAUGAAGUUUUCUCCCUUCUGCAAGAGCUACGCAUCAGGGGUUGUCCAAAGCUAAUCAAGUCUAUACCUAAACACCUCCCCUCUUUAAAGAAAUUGGUGAUUGCAAAUUGUGAGAAGCUUGAAUGUUUUCUCCCAAGGACACCAAGCAUUUGUGAACUUCAGUUAAAGAAAUGCAACGCAUUGCAAUUGGAGCCAUUGCCUUGUGGGCUUCGAGAGUUGGAAAUUGGAGGUUCGAAUAUGAAUGAUUCCAUAUUGGAACAGAUGUUGCAACACUGCACUCAUCUCGACAAGUUAACUAUCUCUGGUUGUUCUAAUAUCAAAUCCCUUCCUGAGGAUAGUGUGUCUAUUACACUGAAAAAACUGAGGAUCGAGCAGUGCAAAGCUUUUGAUCAUUCCAAAAUCUUCUUGUAUACAUCCCUUGAAUCUUUGGAGAUAGAAGAUACGAAGUUUGGUCAACUGGAAUCUUUCCCAUUAGGAUCGUUUCCUAUGCUAAAGCAUGUUGAUAUUUCUAGAUGUGAAGACUUGAAGUUUAUUAGUGCAGCUUUAGAGGGCUCUCACCACCAGCAUCUAACAUGUCUCAAUUCUUUGGAAAUAUGGUGGUGCCAAAAUUUGAUAUCUCUUCAAAUUGAAGAUGGAUUAGUUGUCACCAAUUUGACCCGACUUGAGCUUUGGAGUUGCAAAAGUCUAAAGUCAUUGCCAGAGCAAAUGCACUCUGUCUUUCUUUCCCUCGAGUUGUUGUUAAUAGAUGGUUGUCCAGAAAUAGAGAGGGUUCCAAAAGAGGGUUUGCCCUCCAAAUUAAAAGAAAUUAGAAUCGGAGGAAGUGAUAAACUAAUUGAGAGCUUGAUUAGGAAAAGGGAAUGGAGUUUGCAUACACUCCCUUCUCUUACAUAUUUCUAUAUCGGGGUUUCAGAAGUAGGGAUGGAGUGUUUUCCAGACGAACAUCUGCUUCCCUCUUCUCUUGAAACUCUCUGGAUCUGGGGUCUUCCAAAUCUAAAGGGUUUGGAGUAUAAGGGGUUUCAACACCUCACCUCUCUUUGCGAAUUGAAUAUCCGCAGCUGUCCCAAGCUCCAAUCCAUGCCCCCAAACAUGCUCCCUCCCUCUCUUUCUUGUUUGGAAAUUAGGAACUGUCCUUUGCUGGAGGAACGUUGUAAAAAGGAGAAAGGCAAAGAUUGGGCCAACAUUUCCCACAUCCCUGUCAUUGAAAUUGGGGGUGAAGUGAUGAUAUAGAAGGGGCAGUGAGUGAGAAAAGAAGAAGUGCAGAGGGUGGUAUUGCAGUCAUAUUUGGAUAGACAUGAAACAAAAAGUGUGAUUUGUAAGUUUGGUAGAAGUAGAUGAGGAAGUUAUGUUUAAUUUUGCUUUUUCUGUAAGUUGUAGUUGAUUGGCAUCCAAAUGAAUUAUGAUGGUGAAAAGAUGAUGGUUGUAACUUAA